CACGUGUGUGUUCCAGUGUGUCGUGUGUGCCAUUAUAAACCUGACAAAGGUCUUAAUUAUUAGUAUAUACAGUAAGUAUUGGGACAAAGCCUGUGGUUAAAUACAAAGCUCCAAAGAUUGCACCUCAAAACCUAUGGAAACACUCAUUCCAUCUUCAGCAACAGACUGUGAAGCUUCAAACUCUAAUUUCUCAAAUGUACUUGCAGAUUCACUUGAAAUAGACCUCAAAUUCUCCAGCCUAUUUCAGCAUAGUUAGACAUACUUAUGAUUUUGAGAUCCUUUAUUUCAGUGUGAUGUGGUGAUUAAGGUCAGGUUGUUCCUUCUUUUCAGAUUGAAGUCAGACAGACCACCAUCUCCAGUGCCCAGCGGUGUGUCCAUGAAGAGCGAUCACUCCACUGGAGGCCGUCCAAACAUGAGAGGACAUGUCCCCUCUGAUCCAAGUGGGUUCACACAAACUCAGAGUCCACACGAAAACACAACGUCCAGUGGUAGUGAGCAGUUGAGCAUUCCAAAUCCAGUCCGCCAACAACUCCAUUCUCAGCCGUUCGGCAUGACAAGUGGGUCUGAGGAUGAAGACCUGUUGAAUGCCAUUAAGAGUCAUAAAGCUGCAAUGAAAAGGAGGUUUGAUGGAGUAAAUGAAGGUCAUGUUGAAGCAAAAGAAAAAGUCUUAUUCAACAAAAUAUACACAGAGCUCUACAUCACAGAAGGACAGAGUGAAGAUGUAAACCGGGAACAUGAGGUUCAGCAGUUGGCAAAGUCACAUCAAAGACAGAGCCAUGACACUCCAAUCAGUGUCAAUGACAUAUUUAAAUCCUCAGAUGGACAAAGACGCCACAUCAAAACUGUCAUGACUAAAGGUAUUGCUGGGAUUGGGAAAACGGUGUCUGUGCAGAAAUUCAUUCUCGACUGGGCUGAUGGAAAGGCCAAUCAAGAUAUAGACUUCAUAUUUGUGCUUCCCUUUCGAGAACUAAACUUGGUGCAACAUACAAAGUAUUCAUUCCACAUGGUUUUGGAAGCUUUCUAUCCUGAGCUGGAAGACCCACAUAUGUAUGAGAAUUGUACGGUUUUGUUCAUCUUAGAUGGUUUGGAUGAAAGCAGACUCGAAGUUGAUUUCUCAUCUGAUGACGAAGAACCAUUUGACGUGUCCACAAAAGCACCAGUGGGCAAGUUGAUUGAAAACCUCAUUUGGGGGAAACUUCUACCUUCUGCUCUUGUAUGGAUCACUUCACGUCCAGCCGUGGCAGGUCAGAUUCCGGCAAAGUACAUCAACCAGAUGACCGAGAUAAGAGGCUUCAAUGACGAACAGAAAGAAGAGUACUUCAAGAAGAAAAUCCCAGAUCCCGACCAAGCGAGGAGUAUCAUCACACACAUUAGGACAUCAAAAAGUCUCUUCAUCAUGUGUCAUAUACCACUUUUCUGCUGGAUCACAGCCACUGUGCUUCAAGACUUACUUCUUCGUGGCGUUGAGGAAAUUCCUAAAACAAUGACUGAAAUGUUCUCCCAUUUCCUGCUCAUACUUACAAACUUUCAGCGCCAGAAAUACCCUCCAGAAAGUCAGGGCACACAAUGGGACCCUCAAGAUAUCAUUGUGAAAUUGGCUAAACUUGCAUUUACCCAGCUAAUGAAAGGCAAUAUUUUGUUCUAUGAGAAAGACCUGGAAGAGUGUGGCAUUAAGGUCAGAGAGGCUUCUGUGUACUCAGGAAUAUGCACAGAUAUUUUUAAAGAGGAACUGGUCAUCAACCAGAAAAAAAUAUACUGUUUUGUGCAUCUGAGCAUUCAGGAGUUCUUGGCCGCUUAUUUUGUGUUUCACUCAUUUGUAAAUCAAGAGGAAUUUGAAAGUGAGGAUGAAGAAUCAUCUCACGAUGAAGAAAACUCUGAGGAAGAGGAAACACAAGAGGACGAGGAUUCUGAAGACGAGGAAGACUCUGACGAUAUCGAUACCCAUUGGGCCUUUUUCUUUGGGUUCAUGUUUGAGGAUGAUUCGAGUGAUGAAGGGUCUGAAAAUGAGGACAUGUCUGGUGUUGAGGACAAAGCAUCUGAGGACAAAGCAUCUGAGGAUGAAGAGCCACCCGAGGAUGAAGAUACGUCUGAGGAUGAAGCUACAUCUGAGGAUGAGUACGAAGAUACAUCUGAGGAUGAGGACGUAUCUGAGGAUGAAGAUGAAGUCGUAGGAAACCUAGACCAACCUUUCAAAGCGGGAAAGUUGAAUCACCUGCUGAAGAGGGCAGUGAAAGAAUCCAUGCUUUGUAAAAACGGAAAACUUGACCUUUUCCUUCGCUUUCUUUUGGGCAUUUCUCUGGAAUCCAACCAGAAACUUCUAGAAGGCCUCCUGGGACAGACCGUGUGUAGCUCAGAGAGCAUUGAAAAGACAAUCCAGUACAUCAAGAAGACUUUAAGCAAACAACACAGAUCCACCAAGAGAUGCCUUAAUCUUUUGCUCUGCCUGCUUGAAUUAAAAGACAGCUCACUUCAAAAAGACAUGGAACAGUAUAUGAGAUCGGGACAAAAACUCUCACCUGAACAAUGCUCCACACUUGCCUAUAUUCUGCUGGCAUCAGAGGACAUACAGGAUGAGUUCGACCUGAAUAAGUACAACACAACUCUGGAGGGCAAUAACAGACUUGUCACUGCAGUGAGAGGAUGCAGAAAAGCUAAACUCUCUGGCUGUUUGCUUUCAUCUGAUGGAUUUGAGAGUGUGACCUUUGCACUUCAGUCAAAAAACUCAUACUUGAGAGAGCUGGACUUAAGUUAUAUUAAUUUGAAAUAUUUUGACUUUUGUAAUUUGUUUCGAGCGCUAUACCACAGAGACUGCAAAGUGGAGACACUGAGACUCGUCAGCAGCUGUUUCACAGCUGACUCCUGUGUGCCAUUAGCUGUUUACAAACCUUCAUGCGUGAGGGAUCUUGACCUCAGCUGUAAUGACCUGGACUCUGGAAUGAAGACUCUGUCUAAGUGGUUGACACACAUAAACUGCAAACUGGAGAUACUGAGACUAGCUAGCUGUUCGCUCACCAGCAGAUCAUAUAAGACUAUCAAAUCUACUCUCCAGUCAGAGAACUCGAUCCUAAAAGAGCUGGACUUAAGUUUCAAUGACCUUCUGGAUUCAGGAGUUAUGAUGCUGUCUGAUGGAUUGGACCACCCAAAUUGCAAACUAAAAACACUGAGACUCGUGAGCUGUAACAUCACAGGAGAAUCAUGUGGAAGGUUUGCAUCAGUUCUUCAGUCAAGGCACUCUCAGCUGAGGGUUUUGGACCUCUCCAAUAAUGACCUGAAGGAUUUUGGAGUGAAGUUGUUGUCAGUAGCUUUAGGACACUGCAAACUUGAAACACUGAGGCUCUCUGGGUGUUGCAUAUCAGAUGAAGGCUGUGAGGCUCUGGCCUCGGCGCUCACUUCACCCUCCUGCACACUGAAGGAGCUGGAUCUGUCCUACAACCAUUCAGGAGACAAAAGCAUGGACCUACUCAAAAAGUACAAACUGAAAAGACUCAGCUUUGCCUAUAAUGGACCAGACAUGCUGAAAACUGGCCCACAGAAAUACGCCCGUGAACUCACGCUGGACCCAAACACAGCCCACGUUGGUCUCUCUCUUUCUGAAGGAAACAGAAAGGUGACAGCAGCGAGGAAGAAGAUGCCGUACCCUGAACACCCAGAGAGAUUUCAGCAUGUUCCUCAAGUGUUGUGCACAGAUGGCCUGUGUGGACGCUGUUAUUGGGAAGUUAAUUGGAGUGAUUGUAAUACAAUUGAGGAUGUUCGUGGAGCUAUAGGUGUGGCAUAUAAAUGCUUACAAAGGAAAGGGAUAUCUACAAGCACCAUGCUUGGACUUAACGACAUGUCCUGGAGCCUGUGUAUAGGUUAUAUUGGUGAUGAUGGUGAUGGUGAUGGUGAUGGUGGUAUGGAUGGUUUUAACAUCUUCGGUUCAAAGGUAGUUUCUCCCAAGUCUAUCCGCUCCAAAAGGCUGGGGGUGUACCUGGACUGGCCAGCAGGCACAUUGUCCUUCUUCAGUAUCUUCCCUGAUAAACGCACCCACCUGCACACAAUCUACGCAACCUUCACUGAUCCUGUCUAUCCUGGGUUUAUGUUUCUGAUGCCAGACUUCAGUUUAACACUCACAAAGAAAGAGGCCUAGUCCUUCUUAACUAGGUGGCAAAGAAAGAGACCUAGUCCUUCUUAACUAGGUGGCAAAGAAAGAGACCUAGUCCUUCUUAACUAGGUGGCAAAGAAAGAGACCUAGUCCUUCUUAACUAGGUGGCAAAGAAAGAUACCUAGUCC